AUGCCGCCGACCGAAGAAGACGUUGCGUGGUUCCGCUCCACGUUCCACCCGAUCCCCAAACCCGCUCUUCCCGACGACUGUAUCGAAUACUCGCUGUACAUAAUAGACCCGUCUCAAGAUGCGAAUGCGACCACCGAUUCCGAGUUACGGCUUCGCCUACGCGAUGUACAGAAACACGCGACGCAACUACAUCGACAGUACCUGAAAGAUUAUAUAUGGCAACGGCAAGGAUUUUCGCUGGAGAUUAAUAAAGAGGAUGGACUCAGCUUUUUACGCGGGCGCACAGAGUACGGCGACUCGGUCGAGGAUGAAUGGGUGAUCGUCUGGCUGCUGCGCGAACUGACGCGCAAAUUCCCCGAUCUCUGGGUCAAAGUGACAGACACUGAUGGCGAAUUCCUGCUCAUCGAGGCCUCGGGCACUCUUCCUUCCUGGCUUGAACCUGACGUGGCGGAGAACCGAGUAUGGAUCAACAACGGCCAACUAAAGAUAAUCAAGCCGGCGAGUGGCUCCAGGAGUUCGAAGCGGACCGAGGAGAAAUUGUCUCUCCAGCAAGCCAGGGAGAUACUGUUGCACGAGCCGAAAAGAAUAAUGCAUUCGACGACUAUGGAGGAAGAGGCCUUUUUCCGACUACGGAAUUAUCCUGCGCAGAUUGAAGAGAAUAUGCAUCAUGCACUAGUCACUGUGCCGCGCAAGGUGGCGUACCUGCUGCACCAGAAGCCAGCGUAUAUUGCGCCGGCAGUUGAAGCGUUUUACCUCCGAGACCCGAUCGCUCUGAAACCACUACAGAAGAAAGAGAAUAAGGGCAAUAUGAUCUUCCCACCGGAAGAUUUUGUCACCGUCAGUGUCAAGUUUCCUCGUGUGGCGUACGCGCAGGUCAAAUCUCAAGACUUCCCGCCCCCGGCUGUCUAUGCGGACUCGAUGCCGUCCAAGACCGAUUCGAAAGCAUAUGUUCGAGCCGAGACUGGCAUGAAAGUGACUUGUGGCUUGGAGAUGCUGUUGACGGAUCCGCAGCACCAGGAUCGAUCGGAAGUCAGAGAAAUGAAGAUGCUUUUGGACGAUCUUGAGUCCGGCGAUGAAACUCUGCCCUCGGAGGACGAGAUCAAAUCUUGGGAGCAGCGAGAAGACGACGAGAAGUGGCUCGACAUUAGUUUCGACGAUCUCGAGACCGAGCUCGCGGGUCGCAAGGGACAGGCUGAAAAGGGCAAGAAGCCGGGCUUUGGCGAUAAGGCCGCGCAGGAGAAUCUGCAGAGGAUCGUGAAGCAAUUCGAAGAAUUUCUAAACGACGACAAGGCCGGACCUGAUGGGGCGGGAUUCUUUGGCGAUGAUGACAGCGAUGAUGAUGAAGAUAUGGACGACGACGACGAUGAUGACAGUGGCGAGGAUAAAGACGCCAGUUUCGGCGAAGACGAAUUCAGCAAAAUGAUGCAGGAGAUGAUGGGCAUGCCGCCCGAGGUCAUGAAGGAGAUCAUGAUGGGUCAACUUGGGCCUGGUGCCUCGGAUCCGGCGAAGCGUUCAAACUUGCGGCCGCCGCCUGAUGGUCUCGGAGGCCACGUGGAAGAAAUGGACUCGGCUGACAACUCUGAGCCCGAUGGAGAAGAUAUGCAGGCAUUCAUGAAGCAGAUGGAGGCCGAGCUCCGUGGGACGGGUGUGUUGGACCUAAACCGCACGUCCAACGAAGCAGCUGGUAAGCGUCCGGCCACCCUCCGAGACUCGGGGCAGAACAACGAGCAUGACAUUGAGGAGUUGUCGUCUGAUGACGACGACAUCGACAACGAGAUUGAUGUCAACCUCGCAAAGAACCUGCUGGAAAGUCUGCGGUCGCAAGCUGGGAUGCCCGGUCCCGGCGGAAAUCUCAUGGGCAUGAUGGGACUAAACUUACCGCGGGAUGAACCUGACGAGGAUGGAAUGGACCAGGGUCAGCCUGGACCCAGCGGCAUCAGCAGAGGCGGUGGAAGCGGAAGCGGAACCCAUGACUCCAAGAAACGGUAG